AUGAUUUCAGAAGCGAGGAGUUUCGUAGCGGAAGAAGAGAGUGAUGGUGAUAUGGAGGAAACCGAAGAACCGAAACCCAAAGUGGAGGAAGAAGAAGAGGAGGAAGCGAUUGAUGAAUCUGAUGUAGAGCUUGAAGGAGACACUGUUGAACCUGACAAUGAUCUUCCUCAAAAGAUAAUAAGAUCGAAAACCUCAGCUUUCGAUUUUACUAGCAUCUCUCGGAUUAUUCCCUUGGUGUUGACACAGAUGGGGAUGCAUCAGUGGAGGUGACUGAUGAGAACCACGAAGAUGCUCAAGAAGCUCUCUGAAGGAAAGUUUGAUGAAGCCAUUGAGCAUCUAACUCAGUCAAUAACGUUGAACCCGACAUCAGCCAUUUUGUAUGGAAACAGAGACUGUGAGAAAAAAGAGUAAAACAAAACGAGCAAGUUAGCCAUCAGAUCUAAAACAGAAAAAUUUGAAACAUCGAGAGCCUUUUUACUAACAGUUUAGCGAUAGAAAGUAAUAUCUAUAUGUAUUAUUCCGUUUGUCUUGUGAAUCUAGAUACAUAUUAUUCUGUUUUCUUUCUAACAUUUUUAAGUAAACAAGCAUAUUCGAUUCAUGUGUGCCUAUUUUCUUGAUGACUGUUUCUUUCAAUAAAUAUAUUUGUUUGGCUGUUUUUCUCUAGGGAUAUGAGUGUCGUUGAUCUACAAGGAUAUAUCUUUGCAAAAAGAGGAGUUAUGAGCCCUCGGUUAAUAGCCUUGGCAUCUGCUACAAAUAAUGAUUUGUGUUUCGAUUAAAUUAAACUAGCGGAUGGAGUAUAAAAAUCAGGAAAAAGAUAAGAAUAAGAUGAAAGAUGUGCAUGAGAAGAAAAGUGCAGAAGGGUCAGUGACAGAAGUGACUUCGCCUGAAGAUGCAAAGAUAUUCAGCCAAAAAUCACAUCUGAUUCUUUCUUUCCAAAGUACAAUCCAAAUCUCUAUUUUCUUCCUGCAUAAGUUACAUGUUUUAAUUUUUAUAAUGCAUGUCAUAAUCUGAAAUUGUAUUUUCAUGUUCUUGCUCUGUUAUAAUAGCCAUUGUUAUAUGAAGCAUGUAAUGCAUAUUUGUAGAAAUGCUCACAGAGUAGCUAUGGAUUCUUGAGAAUAAUGUGAUACAACAAUUUGGUACUUCUUCAUACUAUCAUAUUUAAAGAGUACAGCCCUAUUCAAAGAGUUAAUUGGGGUAUUAGUCAUUUUAAAGUCCCUCUUUGUUUGUUUAUUGCGUUUUGGCUACUGUUAUUUUUUUGUUUUUAGCAUUCUGUAUGGUUUAACUAUAUUUCAAAUAAAUAAAAU